GCAUCUGAAACGCUACAACGCCGUUAUUUUAGACGAUUCUUCCAUAGCCUGUAUACCUAAUCCCAUCUGGUCAUCCGUCGUCGCGCUACCUCGACCAAAAGCAUCUCCCAGAUUCUCGCGACCAGACCCCUUCUACCACAUCAAUGGCGGCCCGGGCGGCGCUCGCUUUAUCUCUCCGGCGAUUCUCUCCUCCCACUCCGGCGGCGAAGAUGAUUCCCCGGCGCGGUCUUGCCGGCGGCGGAGAUCAUCAUGGAACCCCGAAGGUUAACAUUUGGGAAGAUCCGCUAAGCCCAUCUAAGUGGAAGGAAGAACAUUUUGUACUGGCCAGUUUAAGUGGCUGGGGUUUGCUAGGCUAUGGAGGAUACAAGCUUUUUAGUGGAAAGAAAGAAAAGAAGGAAGAGGUGGUGGCUGCAGCAUCAGCACAUUAGACUCGACAAUGCUGCGAGACUAUUUGUCUGUGGAUGCAUGGGAAUAAAACAUAUUUUGGUUCAUCAAUUUCUGGGUGUUAUGUUCCAGAACUUGGACCAUGGAUACUGUGAAUUUUUCUAUGUUAUGUCAAUGAAUUUUUUUGUUGUUUGGAAAUUCUUUUUAUGCUGUCAGUUUUCUUGGAUCAAAUUGCUAUGUGGUGAAUAGCCGUGGAAAAUUUUGAUGACUUUCAUAUUUACUCAUACUUGUUUCCAAGAUUAACAAUUUUUCCAA